CGCCCGCCCCUCGCCCGCCUGGAGCCACGGUCCGAGCCUUGCGGAGCGCCGCAGUGGGAUCCGGCUGCCCGCAGCCCCUGACCCCGUCCCGGACGGAGCUCCGGCAGCACCACCGCCCUCUGGCCGCUGCUUCAUCGGCUUGGCAAGAUGUCGGUGAAGGAGGGCGCACAGCGCAAGUGGGCAGCGCUGAAGGAGAAGCUGGGGCCACAGGACUCGGACCCCACAGAGGCCAACCUAGAGAGCGCGGACCCUGAGCUGUGCAUCCGGCUGCUCCAGAUGCCCUCUGUGGUCAACUACUCCGGCCUGCGCAAGCGCCUGGAGGGCAGCGACGGUAGCUGGAUGGUGCAAUUCCUGGAGCAGAGCGGCCUGGAUCUGCUGCUCGAGGCGCUGGCGCGGCUGUCGGGCCGCGGUGUGGCACGCAUCUCGGAUGCCCUGCUGCAGCUCACCUGCGUUAGCUGCGUGCGCGCCGUCAUGAACUCGCGGCAGGGCAUCGAGUACAUCCUCAGCAACCAGGGCUACGUGCGCCAGCUCUCCCAGGCCCUGGACACAUCCAACGUGAUGGUGAAGAAGCAGGUGUUUGAGCUGCUGGCUGCCCUGUGCAUCUACUCUCCCGAGGGCCACGCGCUGACCCUGGACGCCCUGGACCACUACAAGACGGUGUGCAGCCAGCAGUACCGCUUCAGCAUUGUCAUGAACGAGCUCUCCGGCAGCGACAACGUGCCUUACGUAGUCACCCUGCUCAGCGUGGUCAACGCCGUCAUCCUGGGCCCCGAGGACCUGCGCACGCGCACCCAGCUGCGGAAUGAGUUUAUCGGGCUGCAGCUGCUGGACGUCCUAGCUCGCCUGCGAGACCUGGAGGAUGCCGACCUGCUGAUCCAGCUGGAGGCCUUCGAGGAGGCCAAGGCUGAGGACGAGGAGGAGCUGCUGCGAGUCUCUGGUGGGGUCGACAUGAGCAGCCACCAGGAGGUCUUUGCCUCCCUGUUCCACAAGGUGAGCUGCUCCCCGGUGUCCGCCCAGCUCCUGUCAGUGCUGCAGGGCCUCCUGCACCUGGAGCCCAGCCUCCGCUCCAGCCAGCUGCUCUGGGAGGCCCUGGAGAGCCUGGUGAACCGGGCCGUGCUCCUGGCCAGCGAUGCCCAGGAAUGCACCCUGGAGGAAGUGGUUGAGCGGCUUCUGUCUGUCAAGGGGCGACCCAGACCGAGCCCCCUGGUCAAGGCCCAUAAAAGCGUCCAGGCCAACCUAGGCCAGAACCAGAGGGGCAGCUCCCCGCACAACACUACAACCCCCAAGCCCAGCGUGGAGGGCCAGCAGCCAGCAGCAGCUGCUGCCUGUGAGCCCGCAGACCACACCCAGAGUGACAGCGUCCUGAAAGUUUCUCAGCCGAGAACCCUGGAGCAGCAGGCGUCCCCUCUUCCCCCACCCACCCCCCUGCUCCCUGGUUCCAGUGCUGAGCCCCCUCCCCCUCCUCCCCCACCCCCGCCUCCACCCCUGCCAGGCCUGAGGACCACAGCACCCCCAGCACUUCCUCUGUCACCACCCCUGACAAGCUCCUGUGAGUUCCUGCCCCCACCACCUCCACCACUCCCGGGCAUGGGAUGCCCGCCCCCACCCCCACCCCUGCUGCCUGGUAUGGGCUGGGGCCCUCCUCCACCCCCACCUCCACUGCUGCCCUGCACCUGCCGCCCCCCUGUGGCGGGAGGCGUGGAGGAGGUCAUCGUGUCCCAGGUGGACCACAGCUUGGGCUCCGCCUGGGUCCCCAGACAUCGGCGGGUGAACCCACCCACACUGCGCAUGAAGAAGCUGAACUGGCAGAAGCUGCCAUCCAACGUGGCACGUGAGCACAACUCUAUGUGGGCGUCCCUGAGCAGCCCCGAUGCUGAGACUGUGGAGCCUGACUUCUCCAGCAUCGAGCAGCUCUUCUCCUUCCCUGCGGCCAAGCCCAAGGAGCCCACCACAGCAGCCGCACCGGCCAGGAAGGAGCCCAAGGAGAUCACUUUCCUCGAUGCCAAGAAGAGCCUGAACCUCAACAUCUUCCUGAAACAAUUUAAGUGCUCCAACGAGGAGGUCGCUGCUAUGAUCCGGGCCGGCGAUACCACCAAGUUUGAUGUGGAGGUUCUCAAGCAGCUCCUUAAGCUCCUUCCGGAGAAGCACGAGAUUGAAAACCUGCGGGCAUUCACAGAGGAGCGAGCCAAGCUGGCCAACGCCGACCACUUCUACCUCCUCCUGCUGGCCAUUCCCUGCUACCAGCUGCGAAUCGAGUGCAUGCUGCUGUGUGAGGGCGCGGCCGCCGUGCUGGACAUGGUGCGGCCCAAGGCCCAGCUGGUGCUGGCCGCCUGCGAAAGCCUGCUCACCAGCCGCCAGCUGCCCAUCUUCUGCCAGCUGAUCCUGAGAAUUGGGAACUUCCUCAACUACGGCAGCCACACCGGUGAUGCUGACGGCUUCAAGAUCAGCACGUUGCUGAAGCUCACGGAGACCAAGUCCCAGCAGAACCGUGUGACGCUGCUGCACCAUGUGCUGGAGGAAGCGGAAAAGAGCCACCCCGACCUCCUGCAGCUGCCCCGGGACCUGGAGCAGCCCUCGCAAGCAGCAGGGAUCAACCUGGAGAUCAUCCGCUCAGAGGCCAGCUCCAACCUGAAGAAGCUUCUGGAGACUGAGCGGAAGGUGUCUGCCUCGGUGGCCGAGGUCCAGGAGCAGUACACUGAGCGCCUCCAGGCAAGUGGGCACCUGGGCCCGGGGCUGGCAGGAGAGGCUGCCCUGAUCAAGCGAGCCGGGACCAUCACGCGCCCUUACCCCCAGGCCAGCAUCUCGGCCUUCCGGGCACUGGACGAGCUGUUUGAGGCCAUUGAGCAGAAGCAGCGGGAGCUGGCCGACUACCUGUGUGAGGACGCCCGGCAGCUGUCCCUGGAGGACACGUUCGGCACCAUGAAGGCCUUCCGGGACCUCUUCCUCCGCGCCCUGAAGGAGAACAAGGACCGGAAGGAGCAGGCGGCGAAGGCAGAGAGGAGGAAGCAGCAGCUGGCGGAGGAGGAGGCGCGGCGGCCCCGGGGAGAGGACGGGAAGCCUGUCAGGAAGGGGCCCGGGAAGCACGAGGAGGUGUGUGUCAUCGAUGCCCUCCUGGCCGACAUCAGGAAGGGCUUCCAGCUGCGGAAGACGGCCCGGGGCCGUGGGGACACCGAUGGGGGCAGCAAGGUGGCCUCCAUGGAUCCCCCAAGAGCCACAGAGCCUGUGGCCACCAGUAACUCUGCAGGAGACCCCGUGGGCGGCACACACUGUCCUGCCUCUAAGCCCGACCUUGAUGCUACAAUGGCCAGCGAGUCCCGGGGCUGGGACCUUGUAGACGCCGUGACCCCCUGCCCUCAGCCCACCCUGGAGCAGUCGGAGGAGGGUGGUCCCCCGCCCCUGGAGAGGCGUUCUUCCUGGUAUGAGGAUGCCAGCGACGUCCUAACCACCGAGGAUGCCCAGUGCCCCCAACCCUUGGAGGGGGCCUGGCCAGUGACUCUGGGAGAUGCUCAGGCCCUGAAGCCCCUCAAGUUCUCCGGCAACAAGCCCCCUGCAGCUGGAAGUUCAAGCCACGAUGCCAAGGAUCCCACGUCCUUGCUGGGUGUCCUCCAGGCCGAGGCCGACAGCACAAGCGAGGGGCUGGAGGACGCAGUCCACGGCCGUGGUGCCAGACCCCCCGCGGCAGGUCCGGGUGAGGAUGGGGACGAGGACGAGGAGGAUACAGCCCCAGAGUCCGCGCUGGACACAUCCCUGGACAAGUCUUUCUCCGAGGAUGCGGUGACCGACUCCUCGGGCUCGGGCACACUCCCCAGGGCCCGGGGCCGGGCCUCAAAGGGGACUGGCAAGCGACGGAAGAAGCGUCCCUCCAGGAGCCAGGAAGCAGAGGUUCCCCCUGAUUCUGAUGAUAAUAAAACAAAGAAACUGUGUGUGAUCCAGUAAGGCCUCAGGCCCAGGCCCAAGGCCAAGUGAGAGAGCCCAGGCCACAGGACAUGCUGCCAUUCUGCCAAGAGAGGCUCUUCUGGGGGCCAGGCUGGGACUGGGCCCCGGAAACCAAAAGUCCGUGCCUUACCCAGCCAGGGCCCUCCUGGAGCCUUCUUUGGGUGUUGUGGCUGGGACCCCGACAGGCACCAGUACCCUGCCAGGCCAAGUGCCCUCCUGGACUGCCUGCACGCGCCAGCCUCCUACCUGCUUCCUAAAGGCGACCCUGGCCCACACCUGCAUGCACCCGGUGCAGCCUGCCAAGGGCCAGUCGUGGGGGCUGUGUCCUGCCAGUGUCCACCACAGCUCUGCCUGCCCUUCAGCCCAGCAGGGUUUAAUCAAAACGCAAUGCCUUGCGAGUCUUGACUGCUUGAAGGUGGCUGAGUUGGGGGCCCUGGGCAGGGCAGGCUGGCGGGCAGUGCCAUGGCAGGCCAGGGUCCCUCCCGUGGGGUCUGGCCCCCAUCCCAGCAUGUCCAGCCCCAAAGUUGGAGUGGGAAGCGGUCUGCAUUUGCUGCCACCACCAGGCCUCUGCCCUGCAGCUGAAACUUGGCCAUCACAUCAACAGAAAACCCCUCCCAGUGCCAGCUGCCCAGGAUGGGCGGGCCCUGGGGACAAUACAGGUCCACCUGAGGGGCUGCAGGGUGACACCCAGCAGCCUCUGCCCCCUCACUGCCCACCCAGAGAGGGCAGCCUGCCCGAGCCUGCCGCCUGCCAGGUGUGUGCCCUGAGGCUGGCAGCUGGACGUGUGGCCAAUAAAAAGCAGACCUAGCCC